AUGGCCAUGCCCAAGGAGCGAAAGGAGCCGUGGCACGACAACGUGGCGCGCUUCCGGGAUGAGCGGAACGGAGCGUUCCGACGGCUGCUCCUAAAAAAGAAUGGUUUGCGGGAGAAGUGGCGCUGGAAGGUCUGGCGACAGCUGCUUCACCUGAAGGCUCCUUUGGAUGCCGCGGACGCUGGAUCGGAGGCCACGGUCGAUGCCCACCGGCGGGUCAUCAAGGAGGAUGUCCCCAGGACUUUCCCGGACAUACUUGCGCCAGAGCAGGCGCAGCAGCUGGAAAGGGUGCUUGUGACCUAUGCCCAGCUUGACCCGGAAGUGGGAUACACCCAAGGCAUGAACUAUGUCGCGGGACUGCUGCUCCUGGUGGCGCGGGACGAGCAGGAGGUGCUCUGUGGCUUUUGGGCGCUGAUGCAGAACUUCCAGCUCGCAGGCUUCUACAGGCCCGGCUUCGAGUUGGCGCUCACCUACUGCCACGCGGUCCUGCGGCGCAUGCAGCAGACCAUGCCCGAUCUCCACGACCACUUCCUGGCCAUCGGCAUCCAGUAUGACCUCUAUCUUUUUCCUUGGUUCUUGCGCCUCUUUGUGACGCUGGUUCCCCUGCCGCUGGUGAAGCGCUUUUGGGACAUCAUCCUUUGCGAGGGCUCCUGUGCUGUGCCCACGCUGGGGCUGCUGGUGCUGAGAGUACUUCGGCCCGCGCUGCUAGGCGAAGAGGACCUUGACGGAAUCAAUCAGAGGCUGAGGCGGGGGAUAGAGGACACUGAAGGAGGCAAUCAGAGGCUGGAAGAGGCCGACUGGACGCGCUUGGAGCAGGAGCUGUCGCAGAGCUUCGAGUCGGAGCACGCCUGGGUCCAGCAGAUCUUGGCGGAGCGGCCGCCAAAGGGCGGCUACACCCAUGAGUUCAUGCGGGAGGAGUUCUCCCGUCAGCGUCAAGCCCGUCAGGACCUCAUCGAAUCCAUGGCCCAGGCUGCUGCAGAGGCCCAGGCUGCGCGUGUGGAGGCUGCGCAGGCCGCGGAAGAGGUGCCCCCGGUGCCCUGGCCGCGCGGAGUGCGCCAGAGCCUCACUGCGCCGAUCCAGGAGCUGUCCUGGGCAUUUUGCUGA